UCCAAGUAGCAGCGGGACGAUCACGCACGGAAGCAAACGACACCACUCGUGAGUUAAAAAACAACAACAACAAAAAACAACAACAACAACGUCGAAAUGGACGCUGGUUUGAGCAUUACUCCACUAUCAAUAGCAAUGUUUGUCGGUUGUUUCCUGCUCGGAUUCAUCCCUCUGUUGUUCCGAUUUUCGGAGAGAAUCGUGCACUUCGUCUCCAUCCUGGGUGCAGGCUUGUUGUGUGGAACAGCCCUCGCCAUCACCAUCCCCGAAGGAGUGGGCUUAUUGCAAGCGUCCUGGACACACCGGAAUGGUCACCAUCAUAUCAUAAAGGUAUAUUCUGUUCUCACGAAUGUGUGUGUGGCCUUAUUUGUGGAUCCUUGUCUCCUCGCAGCUUCUUUAUUUGCAGUGAACGCAACCUCCACAGAAAGAGCCCCCUCGCCUCAGCUGUGGAUCGGCGUGGCUUUGACGUUGGGCUUUGCCUUCAUGUUUGUGGUGGAUCAGCUGGGGAGUUACCUCUCCCUGUGUGGACAAACGACUCCUAACAGGGGCGCCAUCACAGCCACGCUGGGGCUGGUUAUUCAUGCCGCAGCUGACGGAUUCGCGCUGGGUGCAGUGGUAGCCACAGGCCAGAUGACAGUGCAAAUCCUCGUGUUUUUAGCGGUGAUUCUACACAAGGUUCCGGCAGCUUUUGGUUUGGUUGCCUUUCUGAUGCAUGCGGGACUGGAAAAUAGGUCCAUCCAGGGAUAUCUGUUGGCCUUUUCAGCUGCAGCACCAAUUGUUGCUAUCACCACUUACUUCAUACUACACGCAUCUUGCAUGUCAUCUCAGAACCAGCUCGCUGCAACUGGUGUCGGAAUGCUCUUCUCGGCCGGGAGUUUCCUCUUCGUGGCCACGGUGCACGUUCUUCCUGACAUCAUCAGCAGUCAUAGUCAUGGACGUGCGGGCCAAGACUCUGAUCACCUCCAGCAGCAGAGCCACUUAGGCCUUCAGGAGAGCUUGACUCUUGUUCUCGGGGUGGGGCUUCCCGUGCUUCUGGCUCUGGGGCUUCAUGAUGACUGAGAAGAACUUGGCAGGCCACACCUGCAAGAAAAAUUGAGGACUUGUAUAACAAGAAAUUGUAGUUCACUUAGAAUGUGAAAGCCGAGCAAUGCGAUCACCAACCUGACAGGCCAAAGAGAGAAAUUAACUGAGCGGGGAGUUGGGGGUGGGGGGGGGUCAAAAGAAAGGGAUAGCUCAUAUGUCAUCCUUGGUGCACAAUUUCCAUUACACAAGAAAAACCGUGGCAGCAAUGUUGUACCAGGUUUUUCUUCAUAUCUGAUUAUAGCAUCCUGAAAAAUGCCAUAGGUUUAGAUGGAUAAAUAUACAUAUCAUCCAUCCAUCCGUUUUGUAUAGCACUUGACCUCAUUAGUAUCAGGGCUGAGUUGGAAGUUAUUCCAGGUGCUUCUGUGUGUGUGUUUCUAUGUUCAGAUAAAGCCUUAUGGGGUUGGACAUCUUUUGAUUUAAUAGCAUGAGAAAGUGUACACCCAUGUUUGAACGUAGUAAAUUGGACAUACCUCCCUGCAGAUACUAGGGUAACUGACAACAAACAAUAUGACAAUUACAGGAACAGGUUUUUAAUGCAUCACUUGUCAUUUCAUGUGGUAACGUGACACCGCGUCACAGAAAGAAGAUGGAGGAUUACUUGUGCAGUGGUUAAAAUUGUAGGACAGUGAUUGCAGGUCGCCAGCCAGUCAAACAUUUUGGUCAAUACGCUGACUGGAAAUGCUGGCAAAAUGACCUUUUUAAAACAAGUAAAACAAUAAUAAAAACAAGACAUUUUGACCCUAAAAUAAGUGGAAAAAUCUGCCAAUGGAGCUAGUAUGAAUUGACUUGAUUAGUUUCUUAAAAUAAGAUCUUGUACCUUAGUCUUUUUUGUCUUGCAGAACAUCGCAGAAAAAAGUCUAAACUGGGGAAAAAAACUCCUUAGGUAAGAUUUUGUGUUUUUGCAGUGUAGGAACAGUAUGAAGUUGGUCUAUUUCUGUCCACUUGUGAAGUCAGCUGACAGAGAAGCAGGCUUAGCUUUAGUUGACAUUGUUCUCGCUCAGUGUUUCCAAACCUUUAUUGAGCCAAGGCACAUAUUUUAUAUUACAAAUAUGUCACUGAACACCACCAUACAAUAAUGUCAACAUAUGUAUAUUUGGCAUAUGGAAAUAAUGAUGAUCUCAAUGUACAUAUUUACUUAGCGUGAAAUCUGGGCUUGUUUGCAGAGGUGGGCAGGAACUAAGCUACAUUUACUACGGGGCAUUUACUCAAGUAACAUUUUGGAUAAAUUGUACUUGUCAAGAGUAGUUUUAAUGAAGCAUUUUACUUUUACUCGAGUAUUAUGUUAAGAAGAAAUGGUACACUCCAUUAUAAUACUCUAUAUGCCGCUCGCUACUUUCAUUUAUCAAUAAUUGCACGUGCGAUCCAUUUUUAGACUUGUUUUUGACUUCUGUGUUCUGUGUUGGAAUCCACCCUGAUUACCACAGUGACGGUUGACUCAAGUUCACCAAUCAAAUGACACAAGAAAGUCACAUGUCCGCACAAAGUCUUCUUUUGGGCUUCGUGGGCCAAUCAAAGUGAGUCGCGACAGCCGCGCGCAACUUGUUUACAUUACAGACAACGGGAAAAAAAACAGCCUUAACAUGCAGCGUACUUUUGUCACUGCCCAAACUUGGAUAUUUCAGCCCGCUUCUAACUUGAGAAAACACCUUGCAGUAAGUUGCGGAUGUUUUUGCUGUGCAGAAGGCAGCAAGUUAAAUGUCAAGUCCAAGUUAAUCACAUUCAAGUUUGUUUGUUGCUUAUUUUCAUCUUCCCUCUCAAAAAGAUACAACAAUAAAUCAGUUGAGUUGUACAAGUUAUAGGUCACAUUAAUGGUGGAAAACGUUUUAAAAUGAUUUUUCAACAACACAAAAACCUGGCAUUUGAACAAGGGUCAAUAUACUUUUUAUAUACACUGCAGCCUUGCUCCUCUUUUUGUAAUCUGC